AUGUCUGACGAUGGUAUAUGGAAUAAAUUAGAUGUUUAUGAAGAUGUGGUAGCUAAUGCUGUUUUGACAUGUGAAGACAUGGAUACAAAAUGUGUCAUGUUUGCCCAUGAGACAGCUUUCCAACAAAGACCAAAGGAUGAGGGUGUUAAUAAACUCAUCAUAGAUACCAGGACUAAAUUUAGAACUAAUAAAAAAACUGAAAUUCAUGCAAGACUCUUGAAACAAUACAAAGAUACAAUUGAAGCAUCAGUGGAAGAAGGAGCACAUGAAGCUGUCAAGGAAAACACUGGCAUAACCAUUCUGUACAAGCGUAUUGAGGAAUCAAAAGAAUUAGAGACAGUAACCCAGCAGCCUAAUGAAAGGAAACAUCAAGUAACUACUGAAUCUCAAGUUGAACGUUCAGUAACCUCGCAGCAACGAAAUCAAGCAUUAGAAAAGGCAAAAAUGGAUAUUGAAACCAUGCUUAAAUCUAAUGUUGAUUUCCAUGACAAAGAGGAGUAUGCCACGUUAUUGUUAUGGGAUUUUGCAGGAGAUGAAGAAUUUUACCACACCCAUCAAACUUUUUUGUCCUCAGAUGCAAUUUAUCUUGUUGUAACAAAACUCAAUGAAGCUGACGACAAAAAUGCACAAGAUUUAUUCCAAUUAUGGAUGGACUCAAUACAUUGCUACAGUAGACUGGAACAGGACAACAGUAGUCCUGAUGACAGCAAGACAACAUCAGAUGAUCUUGAUCCACCAGUAGUUAUUAUUGGCACUUGGAAAGAUGCUGUAACUUCAGAUGAAGAAGAGAUAGAAGAUGCAUGCAGGAAAAAGCUGUUUACAUAUACUGAAAAAAUGACAAAAGAUGAACGCGGACAUAUAAGGUGUGACUAUUUAAUUUCUAAUACAGAGGAUAAUAACAAUGUAUUCCAGCAAAUACGACAAGAUAUUGUGAACUUAGCCAGAACAAUGAGAACAUGGAACAUAGAUUAUCCCUUAAAAUUCAUUCAGCUCGAACAAAGACUUCAAGAGAAGAAGAAGGAGUUACCAAUUAUUUCCUAUCAAGAAAUAAGGGUUAUCUCUUCUGAAACGCCAAACCCAUUGAUUGACAAGGAACUCAUGUUGUAUUUGUUAUUUCACCAUGAAAUCAGAGCUCUGGUUUAUUUCAAGGAUCUUCCAGAUUUUAUUAUUUUAGAUACACAAUGGUUGUCUGAUGCUUUUAAAUGUAUAAUAACAGCAGAGAAAUUUCGAGCUCGUAGCAUAAAGCAUCAAGAAGAAUGGAAGGAAUUUCUCUGUAAAGGGAAAUUACAUUGGGAAGUUGUAGAAGAUAUAUUCAAAAAAGAACAAAACAUUUUGUACAAACACAAAGAUCAUGUACUGAAUGUCAUGGAUAAGUUUGAUAUAAUCAUACAUCCAAAUAUAUCAGAGAGAGACACUGCUGAUAACAAACCUUGCUAUUAUGUACCUUGCAUGAUUAAAGAAGAACCUGAGUGUGACAUAUAUGAAAUGUUUAAUGUGACAGAAGGUAUCUGUAAAAAAUCCACAUGGUUAUGUUUCAUGUUCAGGUUUCUACCACCACCUCUAAUAAAUCAUUUGAUUGCUGCACUAUCCAGAAAAUAUGAAGUUGCACAGGUUGCCGCUAAGCAACAGAAAAAGCAUAUUGCUCUUUUCAGAGGUUCUGCUGUCUUUGAGUUACAGAAGACAAAAAAAUUAAGAAAAUUGCUUGUAAUGAAAUGUUCAAAUGUUAUUCAAAUUCAGGUUUGGCAGUUUGGGAAACAUAUCAAAAAAGGUUUGUACAAAUACAUUGCUGACUAUGUGACCGAUGAAAUGACAAAGUUAAUAAGCACAAGAUUUAAGAUGUCCAAUGUAAAAUUUGAGAAAAAGUGGGAAUGUGGACUAACAAAACCAGAGUUUGUUACAGGAUCGAAUAACUUUAGUGAGGAGGAGGAUACAAUAUAUUACUGUGAGACCUGUACAACUACACACGAGUUUACAGAUGAAUGGUCUGAUCUACAACAUAGAAUAACUUAUUUCACCAACGAGGAAAUAAAUUUUACAAAGAUGGGGAUGGUUGCUCUGAAUAUUCUUACUGAUGUUUUAUACGACCUUUUAAAACCAGAUAAACAACAUCUACGUCCAAGGAGUGAUUGUGAUAUAACAUACUUGUACAGUGAGCACAGGAGACUAAACAAACAUAUUCCAACUAAUGGAUGGGGAGGGGUAUGGAACGCUCUUAAAGUUACAGACAUAGCUAUUGGAGAUGAUAUUGAGCGCAUAAGACUAACAAGGAAUGAUCUACAACACUCAGGGGAAUUUGAACUUGGAGAUACACGUUUUAAUGAGUUGUGUAACAUAUUAAGUGAUCUUUUAAAACGGUUUGAUCAAUGUAACAAACCAGCAAGGCUUUAUACAGAUCACCUGAAUACAAUUUUAACUAAAACCAUUUCUGCCGAGGAAGUUGAUGAAAUAUUAGGAAUGGAUAUUGAAGUUGAAAUUAUUCCAACACAAUAG